AUGGCACAACCACCCAAAACAACUAUUCUCGAUCAUUUCGCUGACCUGGACGACCCACGGGUGGAACGCACCCGACGCCAUAAGCUGGUGGACAUCAUUGCCAUUGCCAUUUGUGCCACCAUCUGCGGCGCCGAUUCCUGGGUCUACAUAGAACUCUUCGGCAAGAGCAAGCUGGCCUGGUUUCAGACCUUCCUGGAAUUGCCCCACGGUAUCCCAUCCCACGACACCUUUGGCGAUGUGUUCGCCCGCCUGGACCCAGUGCAGUUGCAGAAUAGCUUCGUAUCCUGGACCCAGGCCAUCGCCGAGUUGCUGCCGGGUGAGGUGGUGGCCAUUGAUGGCAAGACGGCUCGACGGUCCUAUGAUCCGGCGGGGAACAAGGGAGCCAUACACCUGGUCAGCGCCUGGGCCACCCAGAACAACCUGACCCUGGGCCAGGUCAAGACCGAGGAGAAGUCCAAUGAGAUCACCGCCAUUCCUCAACUGCUGGAAAUGCUGGACUUGAAUGGCUGCAUCGUAACUAUCGAUGCCAUGGGCUGCCAGCGGGAGAUCGCCCAGCAGAUCAUAGCGGGCGGGGCCGACUACGUGCUGGCGGUGAAGGAGAACCAGGGCCGGUUGCAUGAGGGUAUCCGAGACCUGUUCCAGGGAGCCGAGGCCUUGGGUUUUGACGGGGUGCCUUACGAUUACGCACGGACCGUGGACAAGGGACACGGACGGGUGGAACGGCGGGAAUGCUGGACCAUCACGGCGACGGACUGCCUGGAUUAUCUGGACCCCCAGGGGCAAUGGUCCCAACUGAAGGCGGCCGUCAGGGUGGUGGGCCAUCGUCAAACUGGAGCGGGUGGCAUAAGUCAGCCCCGCUACUACAUCAGCAGCCUGCCAGCCCCAGCAGAACAACUCCUGGCUGCCAUCAGAAGCCACUGGAGCAUCGAAAACUCGCUGCACUGGACCUUGGACGUGACCUUUCGGGAAGACCAGUGCCGAGUGCGCAAGGACCAUGGACCGCAGAACCUGGCCACGCUGCGGCAGAUUGGGCACAACCGGUUGAAAAACGAAAGCACCUUGAAAGUAGGCAUUCAGGGCAAGCGGCUCAACGCCGGAUGGGACGAGGACUACCUGCGCAAAGUCCUCCUCGGAUAA